AUUGUCUCACGGUGGGGAAAUUCCUGCAGAUUUGCCCCGCGAGUGCCGUACGGUAGCAGCGCGCACCAUGUUCGGACGUGUUGGGGGCCAUACAAUCCGCUGUGCCGCACGCAGCCCCGUGGUGCGGCGGAAAUUCUGGGAGCGCACCUUUACAACCCAUGUCCCCAAUCCCACAUGCACAGCUGCUCAGUCAAGCGCCUCGCCGUUAGGGAGCAUUACAGCAGAGCUAGAUCGGAUUGCACCAUGUUUUGAAGUCCCCGCGUCGCGGAUAUCAAUCUUGGACUCCCCCGCGAGUUUCUAUAGUACGCUGAAGAAUAAAAUCCGUAAAGCUCGGAAGCGUAUCUACCUAUCUACGUUGUAUAUCGGCAAGACGGAAUAUGAAUUGAUAGAAACCAUUCAUCAGGCGCUUCGCGACAAUCCCGAGCUGCGGGUGUCGAUUUUGACAGAUGCGUUACGAGGAACUCGAGAGACGCCAAAUCCUUCGUGUGCUUCGCUUUUGGCUACGUUGGUGGCAGAACAUGGACCGGAGAGGGUAGACAUUCGGAUGUUCCAUACCCCAAAUCUGACGGGUCUGCGAAAAAAAUGGAUUCCUAAACGAAUAAAUGAGGGCUGGGGACUACAACAUAUGAAGCUCUAUGGCAUUGACGAUGAGAUCAUGCUUUCGGGAGCAAAUCUUUCCCAGGACUAUUUCACGAACCGGGUCGAUCGAUAUCACGUCUUUCAGUCCAAAGAGUUGGCGGAUUAUUAUGCGGGAAUCCAUAACGCCAUCUGCAACCUCAGUUUCAAGGUCCUCCCAGAUCCGCACAAUGCAGCAGGAUAUCUUUUGGACUGGCCUACCGCCAAUGGGGCUCCGUCUCCCCUUGAUGACCCAGAAGACUUCAUUGCCUAUUCGUCCACCGUGUUGAAACCACUCAUCCAACCGCCAAACAACAAAUCCGCACUUGAACCCAAAAAAUCUCCUAGCCAAACAUUUGUGUACCCAGUAGCUCAGUUCACAUCCUUACUAAACCCCGAUACAUCUACAGAGUUCCCCGCGGUAACAACGAUUCUCCGAAUGCUUUCCACCUCCCCAGCGUUCUCCGGGGCACGAUGGCUCUUCACAGCAGGGUACUUCAACAUCCACCCUGUCCUGUCUUCCCUCCUAAUUGCCAGCACCUCAACUUCUCAUACGUCAUCAACCACUCGAGGCACCGUGCUCACGGCUUCGCCCUGGGCCAACGGAUUCUACGGGUCCCCUGGCAUCUCCGGCAUGCUUCCCGCAGCGUAUACGCACUUAUCGGCACGAUUCCUCGACCGAGUAGCCGCAGCCCAAAGAACCAACUCCAUCCAGCUCAAAGAGUGGCGACGCGGCACCGUUGGAGAACCAGACGGCUGGACAUACCACGCCAAAGGCCUCUGGAUUACACUUCCCAAAGAAGAACAUCCCAGUUUAACUUUUGUCGGGAGCAGCAACUACACUAAGCGCAGCUACAGCUUAGAUCUUGAAGUUGGGGCGCUAGUCGUCACCGGGGAUGCGGAGCUCAAGCGCAGACUCGGUGCCGAGACGGAGUGGUUGCAAACUCAUGCACAGCCCAUCUCGCGGGAGGAUCUUCGACGCACAGAGAGGCGGGUCGGGUGGAAUGUACGGCUGGCGAUGUGGAUAGUUGAGAAGGUAGGGGGUGCUUUAUGAUACACUAGUAAUGAGUCAACCGCUUGUAUUUAUAUAUAUAGAGAGAGAGAGAGAGAGAGAUGUAUCCUGUAAUAUAACGAC